AUGGCUUCACGUAAUUGGUCCGGUUCGCCCCACGCAAAGAAGAUCGAGUCUCGCAUAGGCGGAGCCAAAGACUUGCUUCAAGAUCUCGCCAGUGAGAAUGAGGGCUUCGAUCUCAUCUUUCUUGAUGUGGACAAGCCAGGCUAUUUCCCCUUGUACCAGAUGCUCACGGACACCGGUCUUUUGAAGGUUGGCGGUCUGCUGGUAGUUGACAACACCAUGUAUAAGGGUGAGGAGCUUUCCAGCGAGAAGCUCAGCACCCAUGGCGAGGGAGCACAGGCUCUGAACGAGGGACUGCUGUCAGAUGACCGAGUCCGCCAGGUCAUGCUGCCUUUGCGCGAUGGCGUGACCCUGGUACACCGCCUGCGUUGCUAA